AUGAAGUAGUGUUUACUGUUUGCAUGAAGAACGUAAUUUUCUUCAGGGAUGAAUGUUUUUUCAUUCUAAUGGAACGGGAUAUAUUUAACGAAUUUAUUUCAGAAGACGGCAGUCCGCAUUUGGGAAGAAAUGUUGUUAUUCAUUCCUAUAAUGAACCAGAAAGUAGCAGUUCACCCUUCUUUCCUUCUGCCUACGGAUUGAACAAAAAACGUUCAGAAAGAAUCAAUAACGACAUUUUUCGUGAAAAAUAUAAGAAGUUGAAAAAACUUGCUAAAGGUUUUGUUUUUGAAAAUGCUGCAUUGUGUGAUGAAGUAGCACGUUUGCAAGAGAAAAUUUUAAUUGCCAAAGAAGAAAGAAGGUUUCUCUUGAGAAAACUGUUGAAUUUUCAGUCACUAAAAGAUGGCUCUGUGCAAACCACUCCCAUUUCUGGACUAGCAAAUGUGAUUUCUACUAUUACUAAGGCAGCAAGUAUUGAAAAUGUCGAUGCUGUACCAAAGAAAAAGAAUCCUGUGAAAAAAAGACCUCCACCUAAACCCUCAGAUGAAAAUGCAAAACCAAGACCUAAGAAGAAGAAAGUGUCUGCCACUGAUAAGCGAUUGGUCGCCCCAAUACCAUUGGAUGUUGCAGGGAGACCCAUAUUUCCAAUUCUCCUUGGCCCUUUGACUAUACACAGCCUAGGAGUGAUUAUACAUGAUAGACCUGGAUUUCAUACAGAACAGUGUAUUUAUCCAGUUGGAUUCUGUAGCUCCAGGAUAUAUUCCAGCAUGAAGAAUCCUCUUUUACAGUGUUUGUAUCAGUGCACUGUUACAGACAGUCCUAUUGGGCCUAGAUUUGAAAUAACUCCAGAAGAUGAUCCUGGGCGAAGCCUAGUUGGAAGUUCACCAAAUGAAGUUCACAGUGGGCUUUUAAAAAGCAUCAAUAAUGCAUGUGGUAAAGAAGUAAUCAGCACUGAUGGUCAAGGAGCUAAAUUUUUUGGGCUAUCGCAUCCAACAGUCCAGAAUCUCAUACAAAGUUUGGGUGGAGCUCGAAAAUGUGCUCAAUACCACUGGGUACAGUUUGAAAUUGCUAAGCCUUUUGAGUCGGAAGAUGAUAUUAUGAAGGAUUUUGAUCCGACUGUCAAUUUUGAUGUGUUGUUACACAUAGUGAAAGAAACAACAUUGUCAUAAGAUGCUUAGCCUUAUUGGUGUUUUAAUGUAUAUAUAAUAUAUAUUUUUGUGCAGUUUUAUAAAGUUUUCAAAUCUUAUUUUGUAAAUAUACUUUCUGAAAAUAUUAGGCAUUAUUUGCCUAUGACUUGCUUUUUGCAGAAUUUACCCACUACUGAUAUUUAUGAUGGUUAGAUAGUUCUCAGCCAAAAAAAAAUUGUUACAAUCAUUAUUGUUCAUAGAAUCUGCAUGCUGAGUUUUUUAAAAAAAAGUCUAAAUUGUCCAAAGAUUUUUUUAUUUAUAUAUAUUCCUUAAAAUGUUUGUUAAUGUUUUACAUGAGUGAAAUAUCAUUGACAACUCAAAAUAGACAAGAUCCCCCAACCUUCUUUUUUUUUCUAAUUUACUCUGAAUUUAACUGCUUUGCCCUCGUGGUGGGCAAAGCAGUAAAACUGCUGUGCUAAACGCAAAAGUCGCAUCUGCAGCCGAGCUCAAAAUGAGAUAUUAUCUUUUAAAGUUAUGCCUCCAUGUAUUUGAUUCAGAUGUUACUUUUUUUUUGAAUUUUAAAAGUUAUCUUAUUAUCAAAUGACCAUAAGACAUUGUAUUUAGGUAAAAUGUGUUACUAAGAACUCCUCAAUGACAGUAACUCAAUUUCGAUGAAAUUUGCAGAUAUGUCAUCGACUUAGCACAGCAACAUAUAUGUGUGCAUGUGUAUAAUUGAA